CGACAGUUAGGAAAGCAUUCUCUGGCCCUGCUCAAAACAAAGCUUACAAUGGCAAGCAACGCUUUGUUCGGCUUAGCUGUGUUGCUGAUAUAUGGAUCUAGGUCGACAGUCGUUAGUCAAACCACUAAAGGUGAUUUAGUCAGUCCCAGUGUCAUAGAGGAAGGCGGAACUUUUACUGUGACAUGUGACGCGUCACGUGCUGGUGUUCCAACAAAUGUCACCACUAUCGUGUCCUUGACUAUUGCGUCGCUAUAUGGGGGGACGCGGCCAAAAACUUUGGCAAGAUACAGACUGUACCCACCUCCAUACCAGUCUCAACUACCACCAAUAACUUCACCUGCAAGAAACUGGAGCUUUCAAUUCACUGGUAGCCUAUUCGCAACAUCUGAUAGACCACUUAACAGGAACACGAUUAAAAUAGAAAUUGUGGUCAAUGAUGCUAAAUGUUCAGAUGCUGGCUUGUAUUUCUGUAACGCGACGUACCUAAAUGAAAACGAUGAUGAAACGACAGCAAGCAGCUAUCAAAAUAUCACCAGCAGAGGCAAAGUUGUUCCUCAGUCCCUGGUGUUAGUGCCCCAGUACGAAGAGGAUCUGGGGCCAUACAAGUCAUUCAAUCGUGCAGGGUCUAAUAUUACCUUGACGUGUAGGGUUAACGCUCCAAAAGCUUUAACCUUUACCUGGAAGUACGGCCCUUCUAGUUCUGACGUCAACAGUUUCACGUCAUAUCCUGUACAAAAUGCUAUAUCAGUUUAUGAACCUUUUCAAAUCAGUUCUGGGACAACCUGUGUCCAGUACCGUCAUACGUCAACACUGAAGUUUCAAACAGAAGACAUGUAUGAUGGCUACAUGUAUGUCUGUGUGGCUAGAGCAAACUAUAGAGACACAAUUGUUGGCAAUAUGACAAUAUACACUAAACAAGUGCCCCAAAGUCCUCCUGCAGGCCAAAAGUGAUAGAAUAACACAAACGUGGUACAAGAAGUUACGUGAAAAAUUCAGUAAAAUCGUGAAACUCUACGUCACGUAACACUUUUUUAUAUAUCUUAAUUUUUUUUUUGUAACAAAAUUGGUAAGAAAUAUAAUACAUCCAGAUUUGUGUUAAACAUUUACAAUUAUUGGAUAAUGUAGGAAAAUUAAUUAUGU